UGACAGCUCCUUUUAAGGCCAGAAUAGCUGUAUUAGUUUAAAGUGGCUAGUACAUGUAAAAAGUUUACAUAUUUGGACAACAUGUUCUCUGUGUAGAUCAAUAUAAUCCUGUACAUGGGGGACCUCGAGAAGGCAAAGCUUGGUGAUGGUGGAAUCCCAGACCGACAGAAGCUAAUUGAAGCUAGAAAAGACUUAGACAAAGUACUCGGUGUACGCCCCUGUCUUCGAACACAUUUGGAGAUGGCACAGGUAUACUACUACAUGGGUGUAGAUGCACUCCAGGAGAGCCUUUUGGUGGAUGAGAGUGCAAUAAAUAGUGCCCUGGUGAGUUUGUCUCACGCUCUGAAGUUUGAGCUGGGAGACUGCUUACCGGAACUUCAUGUGCUCAGAGGACGCUGCCUCCUCGUGAAAGGCGAGGAGCAGAACGCUGUAGACUGCUUCAAAAAAGCUCUGGAGUUAGAGAAACAAGGGAGCAGAGACACCACAGCCCUGCGCUGCCUCUUACAGGCUCUCCUGACUCUGUUCAUGCAGGGACACCCUGACCCUGGCAUUGUCAUCACUCAGCUGGAAAUGUGGGUGCUCAAGGCAGAGGAGCUGUACUCUCAGGACAUAGUGAAGGCUGAGCUGAGGUACCUUUAUACAACACACACGGCAGAGGUUACAGAGUUAUCGAGGGUUCUGAUCAAGACAGGACGCCUGGACCUAGUGAGGAGGCUGCUGGAUACAGUGGUGCCUAAACAGCUGGCUAAAAAGAGAUCACUGGUCUUUAGGUCGGUCUCAUUAACAUGAUGCAAAGAUGUGGCUUGAACAGUUAUUAAAGAAUGACUUAACAUCAUUUCAUGUAUUUAAAUAAACAGCUCUUACUAAGUGCUGCCUAUACAGCAUUUACAGGAUGUUUUCUCCAAACUGUGAUUAAUCUAUAGUUCUGUUUUUUGUAAGAUAAUAGCUGUAAGGUAUCAUAUUUUUUAGAGUGCUUCGCAAACUGAGUAGUUUUACAUCUUAAGCAGUCUUACUGCUAUUGCAAAACCCACACACUGUCCCACUACCUCUCACAUAGUAGAUAUUUUACCACUAAUGACCUGCAGAUGGGGGUAUAUACCAUAAAAUUGUUGAACCAAAAACAGAGUUGGCAACAAUGUAUUGUGAGCCUUUGAGAAGUGUGAUGUAAGUGUUUAUAGGACAUUUAAAAUUGCAUUUAAUAAAAUAAUGACUUUUGGAACACUUAA